AUGGGGGAGAAGGAGGCAUGCAUGGAAGCCAUCAAGGCCAGCAUGGAGGACUUCAGGGAGUGGAACCAGAGCAUCUACAACGCUGGAAGGCCCCUUGAGAUGAGGCAGCAGGGGACCAAGACGUGGGAGGCCACCAAGCAGAGGGUGCACGAGUACCUCGGGUACCUGUACAACUUCAAGGGAGUCAAGAGGCCGCAGCUGGCCAACUACCUUGAUGCCCAGGCCUUUGCGGACUUCAUGGCCUUCGUCACUGCCAGGGGGGUGGACAAGGCUGGCCACACAAAGGCAGUGCACGCUGCGGUCCGGGUGGUGGCCUGGCUCAAGUGCCAGCCCAUCAACCAAGUCAUGGGGGACGAGAUCAAGGAGCACCUUGACUGGCUCAAGAACAUGGGGCUCAACUGGGGGCCAACAUGGUGCCUAGGCCAAAGGCAAAGGAGCCAGAGGACCUCAAGGAGCAAGGCAGGUGGAUGGACGCCCCCCUCCUCGUGGAGAGGGUAG